AUGAAUUUUCUACUUCCAAAUCUCUUCAAGGCAAGCAGUGAGGAACAGAGGCAGCCAGGCGCAGCAUCCCCUGCAGAACCCCCUGGCUCCGAGCCCCCGCCACCCCCCUCCACCACUUCCCGGUCUCUCGCUUCCUUCCUCCGUGUUGUCGCUGGUGCAGAAGCCGAAUUUCAGGCCCUCCACGGACGUGCCCGGUUGGUGGGUUCAUUCCCGGUGCCGCAAAUUGCCCGCGGGUUCCUGCUAGCCUCCACUCAUGUGAUCAGACGUAACCUGUUGCUGAGAGCCGAAGGUUGUGGUGGUCGUGGUGGUUUCCCCCUCCUUCCUGUGUUCUGUGCCUCCCCUGGUCCUGGUUUCCCUUCACUACGUGUGCCUCCUCGAGCCGGCCCCACUGUGAGCCUCAGCUCUGCACCGUUUUCCCCAUCCCUUCCUAUUAUUCUUAUUCUUUUGAGUAUUCUUCAUUGUCAAGCCGCCAAAGUGGAGAGUGUGAUUGCAGAAGGGGGUGCUUCUCGUUUCAGUGCUUCUUCGGGGGGAGGAGGUGGUAGGGGUGCACCUCAGCACUAUCCCAAGACUGUCGGCAACAGCGAGUUCCUGGGGAAAACCCCAGGGCAAAGCGUUCAGAGAUGGGUUCCUUCACGAAGCACUAGACGAGAUGUCAACUCCAGCAACGAAAAAGAGCGUCACGAUGCAAUCUUCAGGAAAGUGAGGGGCAUACUCAACAAACUCACGCCUGAGAAGUUUGACAAGCUAUGCCUUGAGCUCCUGAACGUGGGCGUAGAUUCAAAACUCGUCCUUAAAGGAAUCAUCUUGCUGAUUGUAGACAAAGCCCUAGAAGAGCCGAAAUAUAGCUCGCUCUAUGCUCAGCUAUGUCUGCGCUUGGCAGAGGACGCACCAAACUUUGAUGGCCCUUCAUCUGAGAUCCAAACAUCCCAAAAGCAGAGCACAACCUUCAGAAGACUGCUGAUUUCCAAGCUUCAAGAUGAAUUUGAAAACCGCACCAGAAAUGUUGAAAUCUAUGACAAACAUGACAACCCUCUUACUUCUGAGGAGGAGGAGCAGCGUGCCAUUGCCAAGAUUAAGAUGCUUGGCAACAUUAAAUUCAUCGGGGAACUUGGCAAACUCGACCUCAUCCACGAAUCUAUCCUUCAUAAGUGCAUCAAAACACUUCUGGAAAAGAAGAAGAGAGUCCAGCUCAAGGAUAUGGGGGAGGAUCUGGAGUGCCUCUGUCAGAUAAUGAGAACAGUGGGGCCGAGACUCGACCAUGAGAAAGCAAAGUCUUUAAUGGAUCAGUACUUUGGCCGUAUGCGAUCCUUAAUGAACAACAAGGAGUUGCCCGCGAGGAUCCGCUUCCUGCUGCAAGAUACAGUGGAACUGCGAGAAAACAACUGGGUCCCCCGCAAGGCUUUCAUUGACAACGGACCAAAGACGAUUAACCAGAUCCGUCAGGAUGCAGUGAAAGAUUUGGGUGUUUUCAUCCCAGCACCCAUGUCUCAGGGGAUGAGGAUGGACUUCUUCCUGGAAAGCCCCUUCAUGCCCAACAGAAUGAAACUGGACAGGGAGACUCUUGGGGGACUGGCCGACAUGUUUGGACAGAUGCCAGGCAGUGGGAUUGGAACUGGCCCGGGGGUUAUUCAGGAUCGGUACUCGCCCACAAUGGGACGCCAUCGCACCAACCCGCUCUUUAACGGCCACGGUGGCCACAUCGCCCCUCCACCUCAGUCACAGUUCGACAUGGGGCCCAAGUCUUUUGUUAAGUCCAACCAGGUUCAGAACCAGCAUUUCCUCAACCAGAACCAGAACCACAUGGCCCAGCAGCAGGUCCAGUCUAAGGACAUGCCUCCACGAUUCAGCAAGAAAGGACAGCUCAAUGCUGAUGAGAUCAGCCUCAGGCCUGCUCAGUCAUUCCUUCUCAACAAGAACCAGGUACCCAAGCUCCAGCCUCAGAUCCCCACCAUGAUGCCUCCCAGUGCUCAGCCCCCACGCACUCAGACCCCCCCUCUGGGACAGCCUCCACAGCUUGGCCUGAAGACCAACCCUCCGCCCAUCCAAGAGAAACCUCAGAAGACGAACAAGAAACCGCCUCCUGCUAAAGAGGAACUGCUUAAGAUGACGGAGGCGAUUAUGACUGAGUACUUGAACAGUAAGAACCUGACUGAGGCUGUGAGCGGCGUACGAGAGAUGAAGGCUCCCAAGCAUUUCCUGCCAGAGAUGCUCAGUAAGAUCAUCGUGUGCUCCCUGGACCGUCCCGAUGAGGACAAGGAGCACGCCAGCACUCUGAUCCACACACUCCGCAUCGAGGGCCUCAUCACUGCAGAGAACUUCAUGCAGGCUUUCCUCAACGUCCUGGACCAGUGCCCUAAGAUCGAGGUGGACGUGCCCCUGGUGAAGUCCUACCUGGCCCAGUUUGCGGCCCGGGCCAUCAUCGCAGAGCUGGUGAGCGUGGCGGAGCUGGCUCACCCCCUGGAGAACGGCACCCACUUCCCCCUCUUCCUGCUCUGUCUGCAACAGACAGCCAAGCUGAAGGACCGGGAGUGGCUCACCGACCUCUUCCAGCAGAGCAAGGUCAACAUGCAGAAGAUGCUCCCAGAAAUCGAUCAGAACAAAGACCGCAUGCUGGAGAUCCUGGAGGGGAAGGGCCUCAGCUUCCUGUUCCCACUGCUGAAGCUGGAGAAGGAGCUGCUGAAGCAGAUAAAGGCAGACCCCUCUCCACAGUCCAUCUACAAGUGGAUUAAAGACAACAUCUCUCCCAAGCUUCACACUGAUAAAGGCUUUGUCAACAUCCUCAUGACCAGUUUCCUCCAGUACAUCUCCCAGGAGCUGUGCAUGGCGGAGGGUGACGAACAGCUAGCGGCACCCUCCAAAGAGCAGCUGGAGCAGGAGAAACAGUUGCUGCUGGCCUUCAAGCCCGUCAUGCAGAAGUUCCUGCAUGACCAUACCGAACUGCAGGUCAGCGCCCUCUACGCCCUGCAGGUGCACUGCAACGCCAGCGGGUUCCCUAAAGGCAUGCUGCUGCGCUAUUUUGUCAACUUCUACGACAUGGAGAUCAUUGAAGAAGAAGCCUUCCUUGCAUGGAAAGAAGACAUUACCCAAGAAUUCCCUGGAAAAGGAAAGGCUUUAUUCCAGGUAAACCAGUGGCUCACCUGGCUGGAGACGGCGGAGGAGGAGGAGUCUGAGGACGAAGCAGAUUGAGAAACCAAGCAGAAGCAUCAUGGUGUUAGAAGAUCGACCUUAUCUUAUUAUUACACUCGCCUUUCCUUUAUUAAACUCCAUGCUUAAUUUAACCACUACCACACGGCACUCAGCUGCUUCUGUCUUGCAAAUAUAAACCGAAAGCUUGUACCUGUAGGGCCUCGUGUGUUACCACCUGCACCGUGAUGAUAGGCUGAGAAGCAUCAUGUGAUCUGUUGCCUAAUGGAUGUUUGAUUUUGGAUCUGUCCUGCUCAGCUACAUGAAGUCUGGAGUGGCUCAACCAUGUCUUUUUUUUUUUUCUUUUUGCUCUGACUGUGUUAGGUUUGUAUCUUUUUUUUUUUUUUUUUUUCACUGUAUUGCAUGUUUUUUAUUUCCACUCAAGUUUUACUGAUUUGAACCUUCCCCAAUAGGAAACUGCUUUAUUUAAGAAUAUUUAGGAUUUACCCUAAAUAAUUGAAAAAAAAAAUAGAGGUGAUCUUCGUUAAUGCUAGUUUGCAAACAUAAGACAGGUUAACAAAAGGUCUUGUCAGUGAUCUGCUUUGUGAUCUUCUGUGCGGGCCCAGCCUGGAUUCCCUUUCACCAUCAUGACACACGUGUGGCGCUCAAACACAACAGAGGGUAAUUUAAAAUCACCGGAGAGGCUGCAGAGGGAUCCAUAUAGAGAAAAAUCCUCAGCAAUAGGCAACAUUCAGCCAUUGUUCCUUAAAGUGUAAUUGACGGCAAAUGGGCCCACUGAAGUGAGAGAGAAGCGUAACUUGGCAAAACAUUUCGUAAUGAAUUAAGGUGUGUGUUUAGUCAACCUAUGCUUACUAAAAACCUGUUUCCUGCCUCUCCCCAGCCCCCUCCUUUUUUUUUUUUUUUUUUUUUUAAAUAAAAGUGCUCUUCAUAGUCACUGAUGGGCAUUUUCCUUUUUUUGUGAUUGUUUCUCCCUCAUCAGGAGACCCCCCCCCCCCCCCUCCCUUUGUUAUCUGUCCCUCUUUGUUGUCUUAUUACAUGAGUGGUUGCAAUACUUAUCCUCCAAAUGUUACAAUAUUUUAAAAAAACUGUAAUCAUUGGUGUGCCGCCGUAACAUUUCAAAGUUGCCUGUGUUUCUACCUCUUAGUUAGAUGGGCUUUUGUUUGUUUUUUUUGUGCUGGGAUAAUGAAAUCUACUAAGAAGAACCUAGAGCCCAAGCAGAUGCUGAAGUAUUUGAUUUAGUCCUGGCCUAAUUGCACAAUAAAUUUACUGAAGCAGACUUUUCCUAUGAAGCUUCACGUGGUUUACAAGUAUUAAUGUUUGAGAAUGAAAGAAAAAGCUUGUUUUUAUGAAUUCGACAGCUCAGCGUCCUCUUUGAGGAAUGUACCUGUUAAAAGGUCGGGUGUCAGACUUUCAUCUCACCCAGGAUUUGGUGUGACUCUUUAUUUUGAAUCCUCAGAUUGGAAAAUGUAACAAGUGAUUUUUUAAUGGUUUUCUUAAAUUGGCAAAAUCAAAGCAAACCUUUUAGAUAGGUUGUCAUUGCCCCCACCCCCCAAACCACUAUGUCUAACAGCUUAAAAAAUUAUAAACAUCAAGUUUUACCCAAGAAUCGUGCUCACAAGCCAUGUUUAUGUAAAAGGCAAUGGAUUUGGAUCAUAAUAUAAGGUAUUCAUAAUUAUUGUGCACCUCUAUUGCUUUAAUGUCAAUAAAGUCCAGUACAUGAGCA